GCUAGCCAAUGGAAGCAGAGUAAGUGGGCGGGGCUUGUGUGCCACAGUAACUACGCAGAAGAACAUAAACAGUAGCGGAGUGGAGACGGAGUGAUCCUGUAGCAGCCAUGGUGAAAGAUGCAAAUAAACCGAAAGGCCGGACCUCAGCGUACGCCUUCUUCAUUCUCUCCUGUCGGGAAGAGCACAAGAAGAAGAGCCCGGGCACCACGGUGAACUUUACCAAGUUUUCCAAGACCUGCUCAGAGCGAUGGAAGACUCUGGCUGCGACUGAGAAGAAGAAGUUUGAAGAUCUGGCGAGGGCUGACAAAGACCGCUACGAUCGGGAGAUGAAGAACUACAUCCCUCCUAAAGGCAUGGGGAAGAAGGAGAGGAAGAAGAAGGACCCUAACGCUCCCAAACGUCCCCCGUCGGCGUUCUUUGUCUUCUGCUCAGAGCACAGGCCGACGGUGAAGGGCGAGUACCCCAGUCUGACCAUCGGAGACAUUGCUAAGAAGCUGGCUGAGAUGUGGGGCAAACAGAGCCCUAAAGACCGCACGCCCUACGAGCAGAAAGCAGCCGCCCUGCGCCAGAAAUACGAGAAGGAUGUUGCUGCGUACCGCGCUAAGGGCGGGGCUGGGGGUGGAGCUUCCAAACGAGGCCCAGGACGACCCACAGGCUCCACUAGGAAACCUAUGGUCGAAGCUGAUGAUGAUGACGAUGAGGAUGAUGAAGAUGAGGAGGAAGACGACGAUGAGGAGGAUGAGGAUGAUGAGUAGAGUCUCGCUGUGUGUGUGUGUGUGUGAGAUAGCUGCUGCGUCUAUGCAGGAUCACUUCACUGGGGUUUGGGGGGUUUUAACGUGUGUGUGUGUGUGUGAGCGCGCGCGUGUGUUUGUGUGUGUGUGUGUGUGUGUGUGUGUGUUAGUGUGAGACCAGCCUAAGCAAUAAGUCACAGAUGUUGUGAUGUGUUUAUUUUUGUACGGGUUUGUGUUUCAGCCAUGUGUAGAGUACAGUUUUAUAAUAAACUCACUCUUAUCUACA